AUGGUGCACUCACUGUGGACUAUACGUCCUUUGACGAUGGGGUUUGAUGCACUUGAGUUGUAUGUCGAUCAUCCCCAUUUGUUCACGAUUGAACUUCGUCAUGGUGGGAAGUUCACACCUUUUCCAAAUGUAAGAUAUGUUAAGGGGAAAGUUACGUAUAUUGACUUAGUUGAUAUAGACGAGUUUUCAGUGCAUGAACUCGACGCUAUGAUGCUAGAACUAGGAUACGUGGUUCCCCCAGUAAUAUAUUAUCACUUCAGGAUUCCCAAUGAAGACUUGAUUUUUGGCCUUAGAGCUCUAGGUAAUGAUCAAGAUGUGUGUAACCUAGCUAAAUAUACUGGAGCUAACAAGGUGAUCCAGGUGUAUAUUGAGCAUGACACAACCAACUUGGUUACAUACUUCAUGUCACCAAAUAAGAGUGAAUCAAAAUCAGUUUCGCCAGAAAUGAGGAGAACAAGAAAUUGGAAGCCAAAAGAGGGUACUAGGUCAUGUUCUAAGAGGUUAUACAUGGAAACUGAAACAGGGGAUAAUCAAGACAAUGAAGCACCAUCAAGUGAAAUCAAGGAUAAUCAAGACAAGGAAGCACCAAUAAGUGAAAUCAGGGUUGAUCAAGACAAGGAAGCACCAUCAAGCGUGACAAGAGAUAAUCAAGACAAGGAAGUACAACAAGAACAUGAGCUUGAUGCAACAACUGUGCAUGUACCAAUGGGUUUAAUUGAAAUGUUGAAUGUAGACUUUGAUCCAUUUGAAGGGUUGCAUGAUAGUGAAAACAACAACAUAACAGACCUUACAACAAUCUACCUUGGUAUUGAAUAUCAAGAAUUUGAUCAAGAUAAUAGGGGUUUAUUUGAUGGUCAAUCAGACGAGUUCAAUUCAGAAAAGGGUGAAGAUGAUUACAGUGAUGAUGAUAGUGAUGUUAUAGUAGACAUAGACAAUGAGGUUGAUGACAUUGAUGUUGACAUGAGUGACUUUAGAAUGAACAUUGAUGAAGGUGUGAAGUAUUAUGGGUUUGGGUUUAACAAUGAUGUAGAAGACGAACAAGAAACAGACGAAGAAGAAGACCUUGAAGUAAUUGAUUGUGAUGAAUGGGAGUCAUUAGGAGAAGACUCUGAUACUGAAAAGAACAGGAGGGUUUUAUUAAAACAAUUGGGGUAA